AAAAGUCAGAGUUGGCCUAAUAGGAAAUUUUAACACAUCCAGACGCAGAAGCAGCAGUAUAAUAAUAAAACUACGCUUUAGCCUUUAUUUUCUCACAGCUGGAGGAAACAAUGGCAGAUAUUAAACUUUCCAUUUCGAGUGAGGAGUUAGACGACUUUUAUAGCUAUGGAGACGACAACUCAACAGACCUCGUUAACUUCACCAUCAAUAUCGGCAGUAUACCGUGCGGCGCCCAUCGGGUUCCUCCAGCAGUGCAGAUCUUCAUGACCGUGUUCUACAUGCAGAUCUUCCUGCUGGCUAUUCCCGGGAACCUGGUGGUGGGGUUGGUCGUGGGCUCCAGCCGCCACAGCCUCAGUCCGUCUGAUCUGUUUCUCUUUAACCUGGCACUGGCUGACCUGCUGCUGGCGGCGACGCUGCCGCUCUCGGCCGUGUCCUUCCUGCGAGGCUGGAUUUUUGGGGACUUGUCCUGUAAGCUGAUCAGCAUGAUCGUGGAGAUUAACUUCUACACCAGCAUCCUGCUGUUGGUGUGUAUCAGCGCUGAUCGCUACAUGAUGGUGGUUCAUAACGCGACGGAGGGCAGGGGCAGGUCUGGAGGAUGCUUGAGGCUGAGCUGGAUCGCGUGCGGUUGUGUCUGGCUGCUGGGAUUCCUGCUGUCUGUACCUGUGCUCGUCUACAGUACGUCCUACAGCUCCAUGGAGAACAGUACAAUCCUGGAGUGUGUAGAACGAUACACCACCUCCAGCGCCUCCUAUUGGCGCUUUGCUACACGUUUGCUCCGUCACCUGCUGGGCUUCUUGUUACCAUUGGGCACCAUGAUAGUCUUCUACGGCGUCACCAUCGCCCGUCUGGUCCAGACGCGAGGAUUUCGCAAGCAGCGAGCCAUGAGGGUCAUCAUCGCCGUGGUCACAGCCUUCCUACUCUGUUGGUGCCCCUACCACCUGGUCAUGAUGGUGGACACGCUGAUGAGGGAGAAUCUGGUGGACUCAGGAUGCCAUCGGAGACACGAGAUCGACCGAGCCCUGCUGGCCACCCGGAGCCUGGGUCUGCUCAACUGCUGCAUCAACCCCGUGCUGUACGCCUUCGUAGGAGAGAAGUUCAGAAGCAAUCUGAUGAAGCUGCUGCGCAAGAGAGGAAUAGUGGAGCGAGAGUCCAUCUCCAGGUCUUUCAGUCGAUCAACCUCCUCAACCUCACAGGGGAAUAAUAAUGCUCUCACAUAACUGCUUAACUAUGAACUUUUACUCAGAUACCUGACAAAGCUAGAGAGAGGUACAAGGCUGUAUAUGUAUCGCUAAAGAUUAAUGCAAUAAGCUGAAAUGUUGUUUAUCUUUACUUUACUGAAGUAAUUAUUUUUACAUUUUCACACAAAUAUCUGAACUUUCUAUUCCAUACUGUACAUUUCAAUAAAAAUAGCCUUGUGUUA